UACAGUAUGUCUGUUUUGAAUAACUUUAUGUUUUGUGCAUAUGUAACUUUAUGUGCAGAAUGAAUGAUGGCUAUUGUGGUGAAAUCAUCAGAGAAAUCUGACUUUGAGUCAGUGCUGUGUAAGCACUCCAGCUCCCUGAAUCCUGUCUCCUCUGGAGGCCUGGACAAUGGCAGCUCCAGCUGGAGUGUCGACUCUUCUACAGCUCAGCUUUCCAGGAGCAUGGCUACCUGUUUGGCUCUCAUAGUUAAAGUUGCUUAUUAUAAUGGCAACACAACCCUUCCUGCUGAGAGGCCAAAUGAUCAAGUGGCCGUGAGCUGUGGCGAUGGCAUCAGUCUGCCGCAAAAGAUCCUGUUUCCACCAGAGCGCCUCAGCUUGAAAUGGACUCAAGUCCAUCAUAUUGGAGCAGGUCUCCAGAACCUGGGCAACACAUGUUUUCUGAAUUCAGCUCUCCAGUGUCUUUCAUACACUCCACCACUUGCUAACUACAUGCUGUCCAGAGAACAUUCCAAAACAUGUCAUGAGCCCGAAUUUUGCAUGCUGUGUAUCAUGCAGAAUCACACCAUUCAGGUGUUUGCUAAUUCGGGGAAUGCCAUCAAGCCCCUUGGCGUGUUACAUGAACUAAAACGGAUUGCAAAGCAUUUCCAGUAUGGGGAUCAAGAAGAUGCCCAUGAGUUCCUGCGGUGCACAGUGGAUGCUAUGCAAAAGUCCUGCCUGCCUAACAAUAAAUUGGACAGGCAAACGCAGGCUACUACUCUGAUCCAUCAGAUAUUUGGAGGAUAUUUGAGGUCCAGAGUGAAGUGUAUGAAUUGCAAAGCAGUAUCAGACACAUUUGAUCCUUAUUUGGAUAUUGCACUGGACAUCAAGAAUGCCCCGACUAUUCUCAAGGCUUUUGAGCAGUUUGUUAAGGCUGAACAGCUCGAUUGGGAGAAUGCCUACAAGUGCAGCAUUUGUAAGGAAAAGGUUCAGGCCUCAAAAAGAUUAAGCAUUCACCGCAACUCCAAUGUGCUCACUAUCUCUCUGAAGCGCUUUGACAACUUCAAUGAAGGCAAAAUCUGCAAGGACGUGAGAUACACUGAGUACUUUGACUUGCGGCCAUACAUGUCCCAGUCUCACGGAGAGCCGCAGAUUUACAGGCUGUAUGCUGUGCUGGUGCACUCAGGCUUCAGCUGCUAUGCCGGACACUACUACUGCUACAUAAAAGCAAGUGAUGGCCAAUGGUAUCAGAUGAAUGAUUCAUCAGUGACUCCCACUGAUAUACGAUCUGUGCUGAACCAGCAAGCAUACCUGCUGUUCUACAUCAAGCAAGGGUCUACAGAUCUGAAAAAUGGAGAUUUUAACCAGAAGGGUUUCACUCUAGGCCACUCAUCUCCCCGACCCUUAACACCUAAGCUAAACGGGCAUUCUUAUACGUCCUCAACCAUUAUCGGCCCACAGCUCCCUCCUACUAUGUUAAAGAAUAACUCGUACGUCAAUGGCAACAGCUCCUCGAAGGAGUACCAAAAGCCCAGGAGCAGUGACAGCAGCAUGAACAAAGCCGCCUCCAAUGUGUCUUACUCUUCCACCCCAUCCUCCGCUUCAAAUCAACCUGUCCACCCCACGGGCAUGAAGAGUCUCGAGAUGAGAUUUAGUCUCAGCAAUGGAAAGGUGGUGCGGUGCAGAAUCUUGGACAACGGUACUCCUAAGCCUUCUGGUGUUGCCAAGGCAGCAGGUGGCAUGCACAGUCCUCACUUUAAUAGUUCAAGCUCACACUCGCCUAAGACAAACGGAUCUAACAUCUUCUCCGAGUCUCACAUAGGUACACAUGGGUCAGAACAUGGUCAAGUCAGUGGCUUCAAACAUUCUGACAAGGUAUGAAACAUCACUUUGGCUGCUUUUCAGAUAUAAUUUACAAUUUUAAUGAAACCAAGCUUUUUAGUGAUGGUUGUAAUUUCUAACACUACAUUGCACUACAUCUGUUAAAUGCUGUAAAUACAAUACAUUGACAUGACUGUGUGGUUGUUAACAUCCUUUUGGCAGUACAAUGGAGAGCAGAGCAGCAAUAGAGCAAAGCUCUCGUCUCCAUGUAUCACUUGCUCUUUGCCCUGCCACAGUACCAGAAAAUGCAGCUUGUCUGGUGAAGACAGCAUGUCUGAGGAGCACAGAGCCAAGAAAUGUAAAAAAUCAAACAUUGAAGAAAAACUCAAUGAAAAAUGUAAAAAAAAAAAAGAUUAAAAAAAAAAAGAAAGAAAGAAAAUGUACACUUAAACCUGAAGAAGGACCCUGGACCUUUAUCAUCAAAAUUGCUGCUCAGACAUAGACUCAGGACACAUUCUCCCUUUAACGCUACAGAGCCCUACAGAGCCCUGAGCACCAGAACGACCAGACACAGGAACAGUUUCUUCCCUCAGGCAAUCCAUCUGAUGAACACUUGACAUACACGGAACACACAACAUUAU